AUGAACGGAGACUACAUGACACCUGAGCUGGAAAACAGUAUCUCCAAAAACCUUAGUCGUAUCUUGCGAUAUGAGGCCUACAAGUACGAUAUAUCGCAAGACCCAAACGGGUUCAUUUUGCUGGAGGAGCUCAUUGAGAAAUCCAAUCUCGGAUACACGCAGGAGCAGGUGCUACACGUCGCAGAGCGCAGUCAAGGUGGUCGUGGCAAGCGUUUUCACGUUGACAACCCGGCCAAAGGCAUUGUUCGACUGAGGGCGCAUUACAGAAAUGGUCCUAAAGAGGAAGGAAAGUCGAAGACAAACGGUAAAGCAAACGGACGGAGUGGAAAGCAGGGCCCCAGCGAGAACGGCUACAGCAGAAGCGAUGGGUUCAGGGGUGACCGUCCAUCCUUUGAGACCGGCCGCGAGAAGUCCUACAGCUCGCAGCCUUCGAAGGAGGAGGAGACGACGGUAGCCGGCAAAGGCAAGCAGUCCUACUACAACGCCCCGCGAGAACCCUGUGAAGCUGCAGGAACUGGAGCAACAGAGCCCAAAAUGUUUUCCUUUCCAUGGGACCACGGCCGCAAACACUGCUGGAGUGGCUCGUCAGCGGCUCAGCCGUCCGCCGCGGCACCGGCACCAGCUUGGCCCGACAGUGGGAGCUCCCAACCGAAAGCUGCGGAGGACGCCGGAGAGGCUCAAGAAGACGUCGCCGAGAGGGAAGAGUGGCACAAACUCCUUGAUGACGACAACAGGCCGUACUACUACUAUCUUCCGACUCAAGAGUAUUUCUACAAGGAAGAUGCGAAGCAGUUCGGGUGGACGCAGUAUGACCACGACGGGUGUCACUGGUGGUGCCACGACAGCGGCCGGUUCUUCUUCGAGCCCGAUGGAAAUUGA